CAGCCGGCGGCUGGAGGCGGGGCCUCACUCUCAGCCUGUCCUGGGAGCCGUGGGAUUUGCCAUGGACUCUCUCAGCACUAGGGGGAAGAGCUGAUUCUCCACCAACCGAUCCUGAAGUCCUUCAAAGGAAAGGGGAGCCCCUCUCCUCUCCCUCCUUCCCUCCCAAUGCAAUCCCAGCCCAGUUCGUCUCAGGCAAUGGACAAACCCAUCAAGGGCAUACUGAAGAGGAGCCGCAGACUCGCAGAGGACAGUCAAAAGAAAUCACAGAAAUGGGAUGAGAUGAACAUAAUUGCUACCUACAAGCCUUUGGAAAAGGAUUAUGGGCACAUGACCAUCGACGAAGUUAAAACUCCUUUCAGGUACAACCCUGACGAUGAGGCAGGAAGCAGCUCGGGACCUACUUUCUCUGUGGAUGAACUGAGAACAAGGAUAAGCACUCUGACCACAAUGAACAAAGGCAAACAUCAGCAAGUGAAGAUGAAGAACAUGGACAAUGACAAGGAUGAUAUUCACCUGGUCGACAGAGAAAGCAAACGGCAGUUUGAGCAAAGACGGAAGCAGAUUUAUGACGAGGGUUGGAACAUUAAGCGUGCCCGAGAACUGAUUGCUCGCGAGCAGCUGGAUGACAGUGACGAUUCCGACUCCCCAGGUAUCCAGGUGUCGGGAUAUCUCAAGAGCUGGUUCCACUCCCUAAUCAGGAAGAUGGCCAAGUGCUGUGGUCUACUGUGAGAGCGACAGAUGUCAAAACCCUUUCAAGAUUCCAGCCCAAACGAGGGGAGGCAGCAAUUUCUAGACUCCCAAGAUUUGCAUUUGCUAGCUCUCAUUGUCUCCUGGAGUUGUUAAAUAGCUACUUUAUGUAAUUGCCUCACUAUGAUGUUGUGCCCAUAAUUUCUUUGGCUGCUUGGAUGACAAAAAAACCACCAUUUAUAAAUGUUUUACUGAUAUUUAAGGAUUUUGUAAAUAUUGUUGAGUUUUUGGAAUGGUGUUUUUAAAUAAAUAGCCUUCAAUAAACUG